CUUCGUCUCGGUCCUCUUGAUCACUUUGGCUUCUCAAGGGCGAAGCUCGGCUCGACUCUGCAGUUAACCCUCCCGCCGCCGGCGCCAGCAUACCAACGAGAAUGUCUAGGAGAAGCAGCGCUGCCGCCGUGAAUGGCGCCGCUUCGAAAGAAGGCAGCAGAGCAGACCCUCCGACAUCAGACAAGCAGAAGCUCCUGCUCUCCACCGACUCCGGUCACUUCUCCCUCAUCCGUGCUCUUCACUUGGCGGAUCUCAUUACCGAGUUGAACGGCCUCUGCGGCAUCCUCUCCCUCUUCUCCUCAAUGCGCUACUGCCUCGGCGAUCCGUCGCAGUACCGCAACCUUUGGGCCGCCCUCCUCUUCCUGCCCUUCGGUCUCUUCUUUGACUUCCUCGACGGCAAAGUGGCGCGCUGGAGAAGAAAGAGCAGCAUGAUGGGGCAAGAGCUGGAUUCGCUCGCGGACCUGAUCUCCUUUGGCGUCUCCCCGGCCGCGGUCGCCUUCGCCCUCGGCAUCCGCACACCCCUCGAUCACCUCUGCCUCGCCUUCUUCGUGCUCUGCGGCCUGACGCGGCUGGCGCGCUUCAACGUGACGGCGACUUCGAUCCCCAAGGACGCCUCCGGCAAGGCGCGCUACUUCGAGGGCACGCCCAUCCCGACGACGCUCGCUCUCGACGCCCUGAUGGCGUACUGGUUGUCUCAAGGCUGGGUCGGCCACGACGCCCUGCCGGGCGGUGUGUGGUUUGCCGGGUCGGUCUUGGAGAUGCACCCGAUCGUGCUGCUGUUCAUUGUCCAUGGCUGUUUGAUGACCAGCAGGACCAUCCACAUUCCUAAGCCUUAGCUUCUGCAGAUGCUUGUCCAUAUGUUGUUGUCUUGAGUCAUGGCUUGUGACAUGGUUGAGGCGCUGGUUGCAUCAAAGAGCCGAGGCCAGUUGGGGUUGGGAGACCAGCGAGCAUACAUUAUCUACUUUUCCAACGGAAAUGCGAUGGUUUAGACUGGAAACCGAGGGCUGUUUCUUGGGUCGGUAGUUGUGGGUAGUCCGUCCGGCGUUGGUUUGAUCUUGGUCUUCAAGCUUAAGGGAACAUGUCGUAGAUUCAGCACUUUGAAAAAUACCUCCGCGCCGCAGCUGGUUAAGUCGUCGCUCUGUCGUGAAAGGCAGGCCGCGGAGCCUGAGAUACGUGUGUCACGCUCCGAUAAACCAAAGGUAGGGAAAGACGUCAGCCAGUGAGGCUGGCCGAGGAGAAAUCGCCAACGGUGCGGCUGCGCCGUUGCAAUGGUUAACGCUAUUUUGCGUUAAUGUAUGUACAUCUAAGCCUUGUCUGCGUUCUCCGCGUUCUCCGCUUUCUCCGCCUUCUCCUCCUUCUUGUGUGGGAAAGGGUUGUACAUUCCCCUAUCAGCCUUCAGUUUGCGCAACUUCUCGAUGGCCUCGUCCAAGUCGAACGGCACAUCUCUUGCCUGUGUCGAGGUGUCGUCACGGUAGCGGAUGUUGACCUUGCGGUUGCGCAUCUCGUCGUCGCCGACCACGAAGCAGAAGUUAUCUGUG